CAUAAGACGUUAUAAUCAAACCAAACAUAUGUUCGUUAGGAUUUUAUUGAGCGGUUAGGCGGUCUUAGCGGCUUUACAGAUCCUGGCGAAUCAGGCAGCGCCGUCGAAAAUGACUGACUCGGACGACAGCAGCAACUCCCGGUUCAGUGAACUUUACAAAAACAAAGCCCGAACGGAACAGCGCCAAUCGGAUCGACGUCGGUCACUUUUGGAGGAGCAGAAACGCAACCGCGAAACCGAAAUCGAUCAGUCGCGGGCCGGCUUACUGGAGCAAAUCGAAGCCUACACAGAGGAGAUACCUCAGCAGCGGAAAUUUAAGGGUUGGACUAACGAACUCUACCGCUACAAGGCGCAACUUUCGGAAUGGAUGUACGAGCGGCCGGAAGACUUGAGCAGUUGGAUUCUCGUUCCAUGUCCGGUAGGCCGACGUUGCCUACUGGUGAUACGCAAAGGACUUGCUGUAGCUUACGAUAAACAUGGACGUUCAUUUCUCAGAUUUACUACCCGUUUAAGCAAGAAACAACGGAUAACGGUUCUGGAUUGUUUCUUUUCUCAGAAAACCACUUUCUAUGCCAUCGAUAUGUUGGUGUACAAUGAAAUGGAUUUGGUAGAGUGUGAUUGUCAAAUGCGAUUCCAGUGGUUACGCUGUAAGGCUGAGGAAGAUUUGUGGCAAGAGAAAGUUAUAACGUUCUGGAAGUCAGGCUGGCGGUUGGAAAUUCUCCCAAUGUUCGAUUGUGCUGAGCCCAGUCAAAUAGCGGAUUGUCUCUCCCGUUUUCCAAUGUUCCCAGUGAACCAAACUCAUUUGGACGGCCUCCUAUUUUACCAUAAAGAAUCGAAUUAUAUUUACGGAAAGACACCCCUGGUAACGUGGCUAUUUCCUUUCAUGGUGCCAGAUCUGCUCGGGGAAAGCUGGCGAUCGGUGGUUAAUCCGGGCUAUUUUGAACGUGUUCCAAAGAAUUAUGCCUCUCUCGGUUACCGCGGAUACAUGGAUUAUUUCGAUGCGAAACAUGCGAAAAAGUAUCGCCCUAAUUUAGGAGAAAUGGCGAUGGAAGUUGCUACCGAAGAAAACUUGAAUGAAUUACCGGCAAGCGAGGAAGUGGAUGCAGCGAAUGAGAGUCACGAGGAGGAGGAUUGGCAACGCAAAGAACUGGAUGAGAUGCGGAGGCUCGAAAUGGAAGGAUAAAAAGGUUUGGAUUUAUGUGGGAAACUAUGUUUCCUUAUUUUGUGUAAUUUUAUCGUAAUGACUAUUUUUGUUACGUUAAACGAUAAUUAUCUUGUUUGUUUAAGAAUAGAUUAACUGUCUUAAUCAGUUGAAUUAAUAAUAAAGAAGCGUUUUCGACUUAGAAUCUAAGAUCGAACAUUUCGCCA